GAAAAAAAGACAAAAUGAGUUCGACUCCUAAAAUGAAACACGAUGUGUUCUUAAGUUUCAGAAGCAAAGACACUCGUGAUCACAAUUUCGUAAGCCAUCUCUGUGGCUGUCUACGUAGGAAACGGAUCAAAACCUAUUUGUAUGACGAGCUACCAAGCGAAGAGAGAUAUGAAGAGUCGUUAAAAGCAAUCCAAGUAUCAAGAGUUUCAGUGAUUGUCUUCUCUGAAAACUUCGGGGACUCCAAGUUUUGUUUAGAUGAAGUUGUAGCAAUCUUGAAAUGCAAAGAGAGGUUUGGUCAGAUUGUGAUACCAGUCCUCUACCAUGUUGAUCCUCUCGACAUCGAAAAUCAGACAGGAAGCUUUGGAGAUGCCUUUGCUAAGCGACAGGAUAAAGCCGAGCAGCUUCAAGAAUGGAGAGAUUGUUUUACAGAAGCCAUUAAUCUCCCUGGAUGGAGUACUAAUUACUUGAGAGAUGACGAGAUGUUGGUGAAUGAGAUAGCUCGUGACAUCGAAAGCAAACUUCUAAGAGCUUCACGAACAAAGGUUGUAUUUGAGUGGUCGCUGGUCAUCACCAACCUCAUGUUGGAAAUACCUUGCUUGGUUUUCGACCAAAUCUCCUCUGUCCAUAAACCUUUGUAUGCAUUGGCUGCUAUGUCAAUGUCAUUGCUUUCUUGUCUUCUUUGCCUCAUAGAUCUCUUACACAAAGGCAGAGUUGAGAGAGUUUUGUGGAAGUGGAGUUGGCCCAUUCCUUGGUUUCACUAUCCAACUCAGAGAUCAAACAGAUUUGGUAGCUUCCCAGAUAUGGUCGGAUUGGUUUGCGCCUUGUCUCAAACCAUUCUCACAGCUGUUAACUAUUCAUUCAUCACACAAAGAGAUGAUUCUCCCAUCAAAUUCUCGGUUUGGCCAAUCAUGUUUGCGCUUGGUUUACUCUGCAAUGUCGAUCGAUUAAUUCUUCUGACCCUCUUAUAUAGGAACUCGAAGCCUUGCGCAUAUCCACUGAUAAGCUACUCAGAAUUCCGAAUCAAGACUUGGUUCUCUAAUGAAAGUUGCCGGAGGAGACGAGAAAGAAUGAUGAUAUUGGGUCUAUAAGAACCUAAACUCUCUCUCUCUCUCUCUCUCUCUC